GCCGUCAGCCAUUGUCGUCACGCAUCUAAAGCCUUCAUCAGGGAACUGCAUUCGGACCCGUCAACCCGUCGCGCGAGCAUGGUGCUGUCAUAGCAGAAGAUCGAAGCCUCCUUUUUCCAAACACCCAUAAAAAUAAAAAAAACCGCGAUCAUGCCACCACACCCCCUCCACCCGAGGUCGCGCAUGACCUCUUCGCUCUUUGCAACCACGGUUGUCGCAAGCUUCUUCGUAGUCGGUAUGCCGCAUCUGCUGCCAUGCCCAGCACCAAGAGUCACAUACGCCGACGGAGAGAUAGUGGUGGGCGAGGACGGCCGCCGAAGGAGGCGCCGCCGUCGCGAGGCAGCCCCCGAAAUCAAUGACGGCGUCGUCAGCUUCAAUCAGAUGAGCGACGAGGAAACGAUACGAGCAAGAGAAGAGCGAUUGAGGAGGGAGUGCCCAGUACCGAAACCUGGCGGCAUCUUGGGCGAGUGGUUAGGAUUCCACGGGCCGAGCAAAGCGGAAGAUAGCAGCAGAGCGGGAAGGUGACGACGGCAGAUGAACAUAUGUAUUGAACAUAUGUACAACUCAAAGAUACCAUUUACGAUCAACAGUGCGGUCCCUACGGCGUAGAACAUGCGGAUUCCGAUAGACGAAGUACCACGCAGGCAGGAGAUGGUCAAUGUGAUAAGCGUGCAAUCACUCAGCAAGCAGUUGUUCGGCCGAAUCUAGAGGAGAUGGAUGGAUGGAUGGGUUGAGGACACUCGCCUACGCCAGUAAGAAAAAAAAAAAAGAGUUCACCCCCCGGUGCUGAAUUCGGGGCUACAUCUCUUGGUGCUCAUGCUGGGAUUCGAACUCGGAGCCUGUCGUCGAGUAGGCU